AUGAGCGCCAUAUCCCCCAUGCCACAAAGUCCGACUGAUGCUCCCUCUCCGGUUCAGACUUACGCCCGCACUUGCUCUUCCUGUCGACAGCGAAAGAUAAAGUGUGACCGACAACGGCCUUGUAUCAACUGUAGUCGCUCGGGCGUGGAAUGCAUCUAUCCCCCUGGACGCGGCAGGGCCCCUAAGCGGCCCCGCAAUGCUGUGAACGCGCAGUUGUCACACCGAUUAACCAGGCUCGAGUCUAUCAUCAGGAGCUUUGACAAAGUGUCAGAAACUUAUCGUAUCCAAUCUGUCCCCCACACGACCAAUUCAGACUCAGGAAAUUCAAUCGAGCAGCAUCUAGGCCGCUUAUUGAUAGAUGAAACACGGAGCUAUUAUGUCAGUAAUGUGCUCUGGGCGAAUCUGGGUGAUGAGAUUGCAGAACUGCGGGAUCUACUACAUGAGCCCUUGGAAGAAGAGGACUCUGCCUUUUCGGAGGAGUCCGCUCCAGAGCGACCUCUGCCCACAGGCUCCAAUGCUGCAAUAUUGGGAUUUCGGGCUCUUGCUCAUUCGCUUCAUCCCUAUCAUCCACCCUUGACUGAGUCGGUAACUCUUUUCGGGGUAUUUCAGGAGAAUGUUUCCCCAAUGGUGCGUAUCUUCCACAUGCCCACUUUACUUCGCAACUAUUGGGAUGCGGUCGCGUCUCUCGAAUCGCUCGACAAGGAUACCGAAGCACUCUUAUUCGCCAUAUAUUACUCUGCAGUCAUAAGCAUGGAGCCCGAGCAGUGCCUAAGAACUAUUGGCGUCUCCAAGGCACAUGCUUCAGAGACCUAUUUGUUCGCCGUAGAACAGGCCUUGGCCCGUGCUGACCUGCUAAAUACGCAAAGCGUGACGCUAUUGCAAGCUGCCGUGCUUUUCCUUUUCGCGCUACGCAACGAAGAUGAUUCCCGGACCGUCUGGUCGCUCACAGCACUCAUCUUUCACAUCGCACAAGCUAUGGGUCUCCACCGCGAUGGCAUCGUGUUUGGGCUCAAGCCUAUGGAGACAGAGCUACGCCGGCGGCUGUGGUGGCACAUUUGUCUUCUAGAUGCUCGCUCAUCAGAGUACCAUGGCUGCGAGCCAAUUGUGCGGGACUCAGCCUUUGACACGAAGCUACCUCUCAAUGUUGAAGAUGCUGACCUGACUGCCGACAUGAGCGAGCCACCCAUUGAGAGGGACGGUGUAACCGGCAUGUAUUUCUGUCUUAUCAGGUGUGAGGUUAUGCAGACAAUGUGGAAGCUUAGCUGUGUGGUUCCAGGCUUGGGAGGCCCGAGAAAUGGGACUGGCAGACCGUCCUUGAAAGAACGUGAAGCAUUAGUGCAGAACCUACACGAUCGCCUUGAAGAGCGAUAUUUACAGCAUUGUGAUAUCUCACAGCCUUUUGGCUUGGCUUCAACAUUCGUAGCCCGUCUAAUGGUUGCACGUGCGUGGCUAGUUGCACGAUACCCUUUAGAUGAGAAGGAACAUGGUGACAAUCUAUCGGACUCUGUGCGUGAUCAACUCUUCUUGUCAUCUAUUGAGGUUCUGAAGCUAUCCAGCUUGGUUCUCACAAACAAAAGAAUUGCCCACUGGAGUUGGCACUCAAAGACGCACAUUCAGUGGCAUGCCGUUGCCUUUGUGCUCUCUGAGAUCUGCACUCGGCCCCCUUCGGCAGACUGUGACCGCGCAUGGGAGUACGUCAAUACCGUUUACAACAAUUGGAAGAUGAAGGAAAGCGGGAGAAAGGGUACCCUAUGGCGGCCUAUCAGACGACUGAUGGCCAAGGCACAGUACAUACGAGAGAUGCAGGAGCUUGACCCUGCUGACAGAGGGAGACAGCGAGCACCGACCAAUCGAGAAGAUAUGCAAGGGGCCCUAGGCCCCGAACUGUGCUGGGAUACGAACACGGCAUAUGUCUCUACACCUGUCGACCCAACCUGCAAUGUAGUAGGGAAUCUUCCUAGUGAUUUCUUGACGGGAACUUUGGGUCCCUUUGAAGAGCUUUUCCCGGGUGUUCCGCAUGUCGAAGGCUCCGCUUAUGAACCGUGCGACAAUCUCGGACCAAUGCACCCUCUUCUUAAUGACUCCCAUAUCCCUGAGUGGCUGGUCCCGGAGUGGGCGAGGGAAUUAUCAGGCAAUCAGACAUAAGG